GUGGAAGUUGUGCAGCGGCGACUUUAUCGUAUGCCUGAACGGGUUGUCCGGCGCAGAGCGGAUGCUGGAGGAGUUGCAGCACAAUCCUCCGGUGCUUGCGAGAUGCCGGCGGUGCUUGAAGGGCUUUUGACGAGCCCGAUAGGCCAAGUGGCAGAGCGCGGGAAAGAAUGCUUCGUGAGCAUCCAUGCCAGGCUGGAGGUACUCCGACCGGUUGGUGGGAAGAGGGAAGGGGAGACUGCAGACAUUUUCGAGUUACACCCAGAGCUUGACGAGCAGUGCCAGGCCAUGGUUUCAGAG